AUGCACCGCUGUGCUACUGCGCCUGUGAUCCCAGAGUCGCGUGCGAUUUCGAGGUACGUGCUCCGAAAAGGCGCAUCCGAUCUUCUAAGGGAGGGCAGCCUUGCCGAGUUGGCGACGGUGGACGCGUGGCUCGACGCCGAGUCCCACAACUUCGACAGGGCCAUGUCGGCGAUCACCUUCCAGUGCUUCGUCGUGCCCAUGUUCAUGGGCGAGACGACUGACCACAAAAUCGUUGAGGAGAACCUGGAGAAGCUUAAGGUGGCCCUCGGAGUCUACGAGGAGCGUCUGUCCAGGUCCCGGUACCUGGCCGGAGAUUUCAUCAGCCUGGCGGACCUCAGCCAUUGCCCCAUGGCUCACUACCUGCUGGCCAGCCCCUGCGCGUCCGUCCUCGAUGCGUAUCCGCGUAUGAAGGCCUGGGUUGAUGGGAUGAUGGAUCGGCCGAGUGUGGAGAAGGUCAUGGAGCUUAUGGAUGCGUCGUGAAAAGAGUGGUGUUGUGGUGUGUGCUUUGUGGAGUGGAAGUUGUCCGAGAUGUGCCGGUGGAAAUGAUUUGUCUUGUUUUUCAGUAACUCUUUCCAUUUUGAAUAGUAAGAGGGAUAGAAGUUAUA